AUGGAGGAUUGGGAAAAUGCACAUGAGGAAGUUAAGGAAGAAAUUAGCCAAGUGAAGGGUGAAAUCAGCCAAAUAAAGGAUCAAAUGGGUCAGAUCUUGGAGGCAUUGAGGACUAUGAAGAGUUCAGGAGAAAGUUCAGCAGUUGACGGUGGUACUUCAUACCCUCCAAGAUUUCAUCCUCAUGUAUCAAGUGGACCUCCAAUUUGCCCACCACAUCAUCAAGUGAGUCAAGGGACAUCAUCUCAAGCUUUUCCACCUUAUGGCUUACCCCUAGGUUACACACCUCCAAUGGCAGAGUAUGUAGAGCAAGUUAAGAAUCCAUUUUCUGGUGGUAAUACAAGCAUACAUGUUUCAUCACCUAAUGAGCAAUUCCAAGUGUCAACCGGGAUGGCUGAUUUUAGGAACCAUGUACGCCCAGGGGAAAGUGUGGUUGGAAUCACAACCUAUACAGAUCCUAAUGUAUCGAUUCCACCACAUGUUUCGACUGUAGGUGUGGGUUUACAAGAAAAGACACUAGCUCAAGUGAUUUCAUCGAAUGAGAAUAACAAGGGAAAGUUAAAGAUAUUUGAGGAAAGACUACGGGCUAUUGAAAGGAAUAAAAGUUAUGGAUUUGGUGAUGUUGUAGGCUUAUCUUUGAUCCCUGACGUGGUGAUACCCCCUAAGUUCAAAGUGCUUGAGUUUGAGAAAUAUAGGGGGACUACGUGUCCAAAAAGCCAUAUAACAAUGUAUUGUCGAAACAUGGCUGGCCAUACCUAUGAUGAUAAAUUAUUUAUCCACUUUUUCCAAGAUAGCCUAGCUGGGGCAGCGCUGAAUUGGUAUAUGCAUCUUUAG